AUGAGGAAACAAUUGGAAAAUUAAGGAAAUACUAUUAAAGUCAAAGUUAAUUUUUUGGGGAAAGUGAUGUGUGCUACUCUUACAAUAUGGAGUAAUCUAACUUUCCUGUUGUUUGCUUUAUUUUUCAUCAACUUUUAGAGAGAUAUUCCUUUGUAUCUGAAUAUUAAUCUUCAUGUUAAUGGAUUAUUCAAUUUAUGUGAUGCAGUAGGUUUAGCUUGUGAUCGUUAUGAGCUAAAAUCUAUAGCAAUUAGCUGUUUGUUUAACAUUUUUCUCAUUCUUACUUUUUGGAUAUAGCAUGUUUUGAUGGCAAAACUUUCUUUUAAGCUAAGAGUUAGCUAAAUAUUUCCAGAAUAUCUUAUUAUUGAGAGACCUAUGUAUAAUUUAGCUUCUUAAUUUAUUUAUAUAGUAUCUUUUAGCCUGUGGUAGCCCACGGAUUUGGUACUUUAUAAUUUCUCUCAAGAAAAUAUUAUCAUAGAUAUUAUUGCAUUUGUUGGUGUUCUAAUCUUCUUAAAAAGUGUUUACGACCUUAAUGAAGUAGCAGAUUUGACUGGUUUUAUCUUUAUGAAAAGAGUUUUUUCAAGCAAAGAAAUUCAAUUUAAUCAAAAGUACUUACCUCAAGAUAAUUCAGAUGCAAUAAAAGUAUCACGAAUUUAUAGAAUGUGUAGACAUCCUAUGCAAUUUGGCACAUGUCUAAUUAUCUUGUUUGGAGGAAAAUUUUGGAGUAUUAGUAGGAUCAUCUAUACUUUAGGCUUAAUAGCUGGAAUAAAUAUUGGAAUAUCAUACGAGGAGUCUAAGCUCGAAAAUCUUUAUGAUUCUUAUAAGAAGUAUAAAGAAGAGAUCCCUUUCAGAUUGAUUCCUAAUAUAUUUAAUUUAUUUAAAAAUAGUAAUAGCAACACUGAUCAAACUGAAAAAUUUACUAACUUAAAAUAAGAAAAGGCUGAUUGA